AUGAACCUUUCUAGCAAGCUACCUUCCACACGAAAAGUACUCUUUUCGGCACCGCACCCAUUUCCUAGUAUACCAUGGACUUUCAAUGGCUUCAAACUACCAUCGGUAAAAGAUUGCAAUGAGUUUUUCAGCACUCACCUGACAAAUGUUCCCACUUAUGCUCGCUACAGUUUACCUACUGCUCCAACAGAUAUUAAAGGAGUGGAUCCUGAAGUCUAUCUGCAUAUGAAUCGGAGACAAAUGGCAAAGCAGCUUCCAAAACUAGCAUCGAAUCGUUUUUUCAACCUCAUAUUUUUUCCAGAAUCUCAUCACAUAGCUCUGGUGAGAAAGUCGACUAUAGCAUAUAUGUUUUCGAACAAGGGCGGGACUUUGUUCAAUGAUGGAGAUUAUGCAAGGUUAUUCACGACGUACAAAGGAACUUACAAAAAGGACAACUAUUUCAGUGAAAAAAUGCUUCCAAUGGAUAGCGCCAUAGAAAGACAGAGAUUCCGACGUUUAGUCAAAAACGAGCUCUACGAAGCAAUAUUGAAGUAUACGAAGAAUGAAGACAUCAACAUAGUCGCGGGUGUAUUCUGUUUUAGAUUUGGGUUGGUUCCGGUUACAGAAGAUGAUCAUCUUCGGGUAAAACUUGCUAUUCGAAAGGCCGUACUGUCUCUUUUUGAUCGCAAAUUGCAAGAGCAGUUAAAGGUCAUCUCCAAAAAACAUCAGAACAUGGCAGCACAAUUACUACCCAACAUAACUGUACAUAAUACCAUGGGUGAGGAGAACGUGCCAGGAUAUUAUCCCAAGUAUCCUUUCUUAAAGAAAUAG